CCGGUAUCUCACCCUUCCGUCAGAGAAAAUAAUGCGUUGGUUGAUGUAAGUCAUUACGGCCGAAUUUCCGGGAGCGCCCCCCAAAAGGGGCCACCAAUGCGUUCUCAUGUCUGAACCACUCGAUGAAACGACGCUAGAUCCCAACAAUGCCUAUUUUCCAGGUGCUUGUUAUCAGCUACACACUGUAGCACCUCCUUGCUUUCCAUCUGGCGACCGGUGGUGUCAUCACAACGGUUACUCUCGGCAGCCCCAAAGAACGGAAGGGGUGUAUGCUCUGUCCCUCGCUAAUCAUAUACCUUUCCCCCCGUCACCAUCAUUAUCCAUCACCCUAUCCGACAGACUCUCUGGCGGCAUUCGGGAACACAUAACUCACGUUUGGACAGCUCGCACUUCCUCUCCUAUCCCAGAGAAAACGCCCACCACCGUUAUCGCCAAAUUCUAUGAUCCGUUGUAUUUCCAUGAUGAGUACGAGUCUAUCGACCCUCUUCGUCUUGCUACUCGGUCCGCCGCGAGUGAAGUAAAAGCGUAUGAGAUGCUUCAAUCUCUUCAGGGAAUUUCCAUUCCGCGAUGCCUCGGCCUCUAUGCAACAGCUAUACCUGAACAGGAUGGAAGGACGGUUUAUGUCUUGCUAUUAGAGCUUGUGGCUGGGAAGGGCCUGCAUUAUCUCUGUGAGACGGGAGGCGUGGAAGAAGAUAAUUUGCUGAUUAUCUUUGCGAGAAGCACCGUGAUGCUAUCCUCGCAGCCAUGUUCCGGUUGGCCUUGGAACUUGUCAGUCAUGGCGUCUUUCAUGCAGAUUGGGCUCCAAGGAACAUUAUCAUCAAAUCCCCGGCUGGUAGAGGUCCUUUUUGUAGCGAUGGACAUUGUCCAGCUCGACUCGAAAUCGACACAGACGAUGUUGGGGCAAUGAUUGUUGAUUUUGAGAGGGUUGCUCUUGAAGAUCCGCCUGAUCCGAAGCACAUUCGCUUGGUUCGGAGGAUGUUUACAAACGUUGUGCCCGGAGAAUAUUUCUUUUGGUGGU